UGCGCAGUCGUCCACUGUUGUUCCUUCUUUCUCAAGCAACUUCCAACUUUGCUUUGCUUUUGCUCUUGCUUGCAAUCGAAAUGCGAAGUGUGGCGAAACUUGGUGUGUAUGUGUGACUUUAACCAGUGAGUUGCGGAAAAGACGAAUGGCUUUUGGAAUGGAACGCAAAGACGCAACGCGCGUGUUCUGCAAAGAUUCGUGAGAUGCUGCGUGUCGAUUCGGCCGCAUUUCUGCCGCUUCUGCAUAACCUUUGCUUCUCUUCACUAUCGCCUCGACGGUACUCCAGUGAGUGAGAGAGUCCGGCCCUAAAACGCAAGACUGAUACCAUCGCGUGUGCGUUUUCCAGAUAAUGCAGCAGCGCCGGCACCGUGAGUCACCGCCUGAAUACUCGCUCGGCUGAUGCAUCUGUCAUUAUCUUAUCGAACUCCAUUCUGCUGAAGUUGCCAAGAGGGUCGGCCGCGCGCACCGAGCAGCUCUUCUUGAAGGCACAGCACCCCGCCAGAGAUGCUGGACCCACUCUCUCCGACAUUCACAGUCGACGUCCUCGCCCUCGGCAUCAUCAUAGGAUGGCUUUUCGUCUGGUCCAUGCAUCUCAUUGCCAUCAUCUAUGGCAAAUACCGACUCCAUCGAAAGGUGCUGAAAUAUCCUGCGGAACAUCCGUACCCGGGCGUUUCAAUCUUAAAGCCUCUGAUGGGAGUUGACCCGCACCUUCUGGGAAAUCUCGAAACCUAUUUUACACUCAGCUAUCCCAAGUACGAACUGCUGAUAUGCAUAGAGGAUGAGAGUGAUCCUGCAAUAAUGAUUGCCAAAAGUCUGAUCGAGAAGUAUCCAACGGUAGACGCGCGUCUUUUCAUUGGAGGGGAAGACGUUGGUGUGAACCCUAAAAUCAAUAAUAUGCAACCUGGUUAUGCGGCAUCAAAAUACGAACUGAUCAUGAUUUCGGAUAGUGGGAUCCGAGUUAAGGAGGACACUUUACUAGACAUGGUUAGCUACAUGAAAGAUGACAUUGCACUAGUCCACCAGAUGCCGUUUACUUGUGAUCGUGAUGGAUUCGCUGCCACGUUUGAAAAGAUUUACUUUGGCACCAUUCAGUCGCGUAUUUAUCUCUCCGCGGAGUUCUUCUCCAUCAUCUGUCACACCGGCAUGUCAACGUUAAUGAGAAAGAAGCUGCUAGAUGAAGUAGGAGGCAUUAGAGCGUUUGGCUGUUAUUUGGCCGAAGACUACUUUUUUGCCAAGUCACUCAGAGAUAGGGGCUGGAAGUCUUGCAUUAGCAGUCAGCCUGCUUUGCAGAAUUCCGGCAUAUGUGAUAUCUCCAGUUUUCAGAAGAGAUUGACCAGAUGGGUUAAGUUGCGAGUGGCUAUGGUGCCAUUUACGAUCAUCCUCGAGCCACUCUCGGAGUGCCUCAUCCUAGGUGCCAUCGCUGCAUUUUCAGCCAACUACCUGUUCAAGUGGGACCCUCUCGUAUUUUAUCUAGUUCAUGUGCUUGUCUGGUUUCUUUUGGACUGGAUCCUCCUCUCCACAGUUCAGGCUGGCUCUGUUCCCUUCAACAAAUUUGACUUUGUGAUAGGUUGGUUGUUCCGUGAGUGCAGUGGCCCCUAUCUUUUCAUUUGCGCCCUGAUCGACCAGACCAUCCAGUGGCGCACCCGAACUUUCCGUCUCCGUUGGGGCGGCAUCGCGGAAGAGAUAAAACCCAAAAUCAAACUGUAAAGAUGCAGCAAGUUUAGUGUGCCUGUUCCUUGGCUACGAUAAACAUAAUUGAUUUUAUUUGCAAGCAUAUAUUGCAAGCAGUGAGUGAGAGGGACACAAAUGGUGUGAGAGUGUGCAGGAAGUCCAGGAAGGUAUCACCACUAAUAUCGCAAGCUAAAAAGCUGUCCGUCCUUGUGCAUGCAGCUGAAGUAAGUCGAGGUGGGAUGUUGAUAACAUCUACGAAAGAAUUAUAGUGCUGUUGAAAGUUGAGAUGGACCAAGCAAUUUUUUACGAAAAACAAAAUGACCACUUGUGGUAUUUUUCAAUGAACCAAAUAGUGGAUAAGGUGGGAAAGUCUAGGCUUUCUAUGAUUUCUGUGUAAAUCGUCACUACAAGUAAAAAUAAAAUGACAUUUACUUCUGGUAAUAUGUAGCGGGGAGGAAAAUCAUGACAAAAUGAUUAUUUUAAACAAAUGUUUUUCCAAUUUAGUCCAAUUUGAGUGUUGUUUUUUUCAUGCCUGACCUGCUAAAUGAUAAUUUUAUUUUUAUUAUCAAUUUUUUCCAAGACUGCCUCUUUUUUCCGAAACGCUUAUGUAUUGUUUGCUAAAUUGGAAUGAUUGUAAAAUAAUUUAUAUAAAAUAUAUUCAUUAUUAAAACCAUAACUUUCUAGCA